GUGGAGGAGGAGUGAUCGCUGCGGCCCGGCCGCUGGGGCCGGCUCGGCCUGCCCUUUGUGCCCGCAGCCUGCGCCCCGCGCGGAUGGCCGCCCCGCCGGGCUCCCCGGCCACGCGCGCCCGCCCGCGGACCUAAGCUCCGCGCCUGGGAUGCGCUGGGGAUGCGCGUCCUGCGGCCCUGCGGCUGCUCCGGGCUGGGCGCGGGGCGAUGGAGCUAAGCAUGAGGAAGUUCACCGUGCGCAGGUUCUUCUCCGUGUACCUGCGCAAGAAGUCGCGCUCCAAGAGCUCCAGCCUAAGUCGGCGCGAGGAGGAAGGCGUCGUCAAGGAGAUCGACAUCAGCCACCAUGUGAAGGAAGGGUUCGAAAAGGCCGACCCCUCCCAGUUUGAGCUGCUGAAGGUGCUAGGGCAGGGGUCCUAUGGGAAGGUGUUCCUGGUGCGGAAGGUCGCGGGCCCGGACGCGGGGCAGCUGUACGCCAUGAAGGUUCUGAAGAAGGCGACCUUGAAAGUUCGCGACCGCGUCAGGUCCAAGAUGGAGAGAGACAUCCUGGCGGAAGUGAGCCACCCUUUCAUCGUGAAGCUUCACUACGCCUUUCAGACGGAGGGGAAGCUCUACCUGAUCCUGGACUUCCUGCGGGGAGGAGACCUCUUCACCCGGCUCUCCAAGGAGGUGAUGUUCACGGAGGAGGACGUCAAGUUCUACCUGGCUGAGCUGGCCUUGGCUUUGGACCACCUGCACGGCCUGGGCGUCAUCUACAGGGACCUGAAGCCGGAGAACAUCCUCCUGGACGAAGAGGGUCACGUGAAGAUCACAGACUUCGGGCUCAGCAAGGAGGCCGUGGACCACGACAAGCGAGCCUACUCCUUCUGCGGGACGAUCGAGUACAUGGCGCCCGAGGUGGUGAACCGGCGCGGGCACACGCAGAGCGCCGACUGGUGGUCCUUCGGGGUGCUCAUGUUCGAGAUGCUCACGGGGUCCCUGCCGUUCCAGGGGAAGGACCGGAAGGAGACCAUGGCCCUCAUCCUCAAGGCCAAGCUCGGCAUGCCCCAGUUCCUCAGCGCGGAGGCGCAGAGCCUGCUGCGCGCCCUCUUCAAGCGCAACCCGUGCAACCGGCUGGGUGCCGGCAGCGACGGCGUGGAGGAGAUCAAGCGUCACCCUUUCUUUGUGACCAUAGACUGGAAUAAGCUGUACAGGAAGGAGAUCAAGCCGCCCUUCAAGCCCGCGGUGGGCAGGCCCGAGGACACCUUCCACUUCGACCCCGAGUUCACCACCCGGACGCCCACAGACUCGCCGGGCGUGCCCCCCAGCGCCAACGCGCACCACCUGUUCCGAGGCUUCAGCUUCGUGGCCUCCAGCCUGGGCCAGGACCCCCCGCAGCAGGGCCCGCGGGAGUCCACGGUCCACCCCAUCGUGCAGCAGCUGCACGGGAACAACGUCCACUUCACUGAUGGCUACGAGGUCAAGGAGGACAUCGGGGUGGGCUCCUACUCCGUGUGCAAGCGGUGUGUGCACAAAGCCACCGACGCGGAGUACGCCGUGAAGAUCAUCGACAAGAGCAAGAGAGACCCCUCGGAAGAGAUCGAGAUCCUGCUGCGAUACGGCCAGCACCCCAACGUCAUCACCCUCAAGGACGUCUACGACGACGGGAAGUUCGUGUACCUGGUGACGGAGCUGAUGCGCGGCGGGGAGCUGCUGGACCGCAUCCUGCGGCAGAGGUGCUUCUCGGAGCGGGAGGCCAGCGACGUGCUGUGCACCAUCAGCAAGACCAUGGACUACCUGCACUCGCAGGGGGUUGUCCACCGAGACCUGAAGCCCAGCAACAUACUGUACGUGGACGAGUCUGGGAACCCCGAAUCCAUCCGGAUCUGCGACUUCGGCUUCGCCAAGCAGCUGCGCGCCGAGAACGGGCUGCUGAUGACGCCCUGCUACACGGCCAACUUCGUCGCCCCGGAGGUGCUGAAGCGGCAAGGCUACGACGCGGCCUGUGACAUCUGGAGUCUGGGCGUCCUGCUGUACACCAUGCUGGCGGGAUUCACCCCCUUUGCAAACGGCCCGGACGACACCCCCGAGGAGAUCCUGGCGCGGAUCAGCAGCGGGAAGUACGCCCUCUCCGGGGGGAACUGGGACUUCGUCUCUGACGCGGCCAAGGACGUGGUCUCCAGGAUGCUGCACGUGGACCCGCAGCAGCGCCUGACGGCGGUGCAGGUCCUGAAACACCCGUGGGUCGUGAACCGCGAGCACCUGUCCCAGAACCAGCUCAGCAGCAGGCAGGACGUCCACCUGGUGAAGGGCGCGAUGGCCGCCACCUACUUUGCGCUCAACAGGACCCCUCAGGCCCCGCGGCUGGAGCCCGUGCUGUCAUCCGGCCUGGCCCAGCGCAGAGGCAUGAAGAGACUCACGUCCACGCGGUUGUAGCGCCAGGACCCGCGCCGUCCUCGCACCGGCCCCAGCCCCGGCACUGCAGGUGUUGCCGCAGCGACCACGGGGACUUCGCUCCGCCCCACUGCCUCCUUCAGCCCAGGGGGUCCAGACGGCGACCUCCCGGUGCCGCCUCGCUCCUCCCGCCUUCCCGCCUCCUUCCCCGCAGCCACCAUGCCGACGACACCGGGGCUCCUGCCGGCCCGUGUACCACCACGGCCCCCGCUCGUGCGGACAGACGUUUCCCAAAGAGAAAGCCAGUCACCUGGUGGGAAAUGCGACAUGGGGUCCCAGUCGUGUGUAGGAGGCUUCGAGGCCCCCGGGGGCCGCAGCUGGAGAGCGUCAGAGCGGGCCCAGCCCCCCGAAGACCACCCGAAGAGCCUUCGUCUCGCUGCCCCCGGCACCGGCCUGCCCUCGAUGGCUCUGGGUCUGCUCACCUUGCUCCGCCCACCGCCCACGGGAGCCCAUGCCCACCGGGACCCCAGGCUCAGUCCCCCCUGUCUCCCCUCGGGGACAGGAGGGGCCGGGGAGCUGGAAGCUCUGACGGCUGGGAGGUGGUGCCAUUUGUGGAAGCUGGGCUGUGCUGUUGCGUGUUUCUGUCGCAUGGGGCCGCCUGCACGGGCCUUCCGUGACCG